UUUAUUUUGAUGAUGUAAAUAUUACACGUGUGCACGAAAUAUGUUAAAUACGACAACUAUAUAUGGCCCCCUCAACAAGUAGGUGGCAUUAAUGUCCUUAACCAUGCAAGUGGGUGAAGAGCCGCCAACAUACAAAUCCUGUAAAAGCAAUAACAUAUUAUUGAAAAUGGUGACCGGCUCCUCAUCCGACGGCUGUCAGCCCUCCGGAACUUGCAACUGCAACGGCUACUCCGGCAACACAUACAGCUGUUCUCCACCGGUGACUUCCUCGACACAGGCGCAGCUGACGAACAACGACUUCAGUGAGGGAGGCGACGGCAGUGGCGCGUCGUCCUGCGACGGUGCGUACCACGACAACUCGGUGCUGAUCGUGGCGCUGUCGACGGGAUGGUUCAAAGAGGGGUCGAGGUGCGGGAAGAUGAUAAGGAUCACGGCGAGUGAUGGAACGAGCACCGAGGCUAAGGUGGUGGACGAGUGUGACUCCAUGCAUGGGUGUGAUGCCGAGCAUGCGGGCCAGCCGCCGUGUACGAAUAAUAUUGUUGAUGGCUCCGAUGCCGUGUGGAGUGCCCUGGGGCUGAACAAGGAUUUGGGUGUUGUUAACGUUACUUGGUCCAUUGUCUAA